AUGUUUAAGUGUCUGAUAAGAUUUAAAGGCCCUGGGAAUGCAUUUGCUACUCCAAUCAGUUCCAGUGUGACUGAUAGUCCAUAUAGAUUAACCAAAUUCAAAUUGAAGCCAAUACGACACGAUUUUCAGAAUGUUCUUAUGUUAGCUGAUAACAAAUGUUUGGAAAGGGCAGCAAAGGAAGUUAUAUCAUCAAAACUACCACCUGUUCACACACAAUUUUCUGACAUGGAUCCAGGUGAUAGUUUACAAUUUGGUAGGAAAUUUGUGGAUCAGAGGCCGUUAUCAAAGAGUAGGGGAUUUUGGGUUGUAUUUAGUAAACGAAUAAAAUCUAGCGCAUAUAUAUUACCUCCUAAAACAAUAUCUCUAGUACUUCGUGCAUUUCACGUUGCUAAUAAAGAUACCGGAAUAUAUGUGUCACUAGCUGAUCCUAUAAAAUAUAUCAUUAAAUCAAUAGAUGGAACGUCGUUGUAUUGGAUUGUAACCGUUUUAUCAAAGAGAUUAAAGGGUAAUUGUAAUAAAGAAUUGUUUGAUAUGUUGGCCAAUCACCUCCAAAAUGUAUUAUACCAAGUUACCGGGGCAAUGGCUGUUGAAAUAUGCAAAUGUCUGUAUGAAUCGGGUUAUAGAAAAUCAGAUGUAUGUAAAAACGUAGGAUUGAAGGUUGUAAAUUCUGGAAUUGGUGUUAUAGAUGCAAUUCACGCCAUUUUUACAUUCGGAUUGUUUAAAUUUAGAUGCGAUAAAAUCCAUAGGGAAUUGGAAAAUAUUAUUAUUGAAUAUAUUGACCAAUUGAACGCAAUAGAUGUUGCAAAGAUUGUAAUUGGAUUCGAUAGAUCUAGUUAUGACCCGGCUAGGGUGUUAAAUUUAUUAGAAUUUAAAUUAAUGAAGAUAAUUUGUGAUAUAUCAGAAAAUUAUAAGAAUGACUUUAUAAUUGCAGUUGAUAGGUCAUCAUGUGUUGAAAGGGUUAAGGAGACUGUAUGUAUUGUGCAACAAAAUUAA